AUGGCAGAUCCAUCAUUUACUCUAAAUGACGAUCAGAUAUACGAAAUAUUUGAAGAAAUACCUUCAGAUGGCGAAUCCAUCGAUGGUCUUGACGAUGAUAGAUGGGAAGAAGAAGAACGCUAUCUACAGCAGGAUGGCACACAACUCCCUGCAUAUUUGGAGGCUCAGACUGAUAAUGAAUUGAUUGAUAUCACAAAUCUACCUCUUUUCAUAGAAGAUGAGAUGGGCCAGCAUGAGCUACCUCCUACUGAUCCUGUUGCAAUUGGUCCUCCUCAAGAUGAUCCUGGCUCUAGUACAGAACCUCAAGACGAUGACGUCAUACAGUUUGAUGAUAAUGAUACACCGCUAUGUCUAAGAUAUCAUGAGGAAAUUGGCUAUAUUUGGGGGGAAAAAUAUACUAAAAAUAAUAGUGACUUUACAUUUCGAAAAACGUCUGGUCCCAGCCAUGAGAAUCUAAGCUCACCCAUCGACUACUUUAUGGAUAUAUUUCCGGAAGAUUUAAUAAAUCGCAUUGUGUUUCAGACAAACCUGUACUGCACCCAAAAGCUACAGGGAGGUAGUAACUUUGUUCCAACUACAAAUAAUGAAGUUAAAGUUUUUCUAGGGAUAAACAUUUUGAUGGGCAUAAAACGUUUACCAAGUUAUAGGGACUACUGGAGUGCAGAUCCAGCAAUACGAGACCCAUUCAUCUCUUCUGCUAUGACCGUCAAUAGGUUUGGAUGGUUUUUGACUAAUUUACACCUGAACGAUAAUACCAAUAUGCCAAACAGACAAGACCCAGCCUAUGACAAGUUAUUCAAAAUCCGCCCUUUUUUAGACACUCUCUCCAGAACAUUUUUGGAGAGCUACCAACCAAAGGAAUUCCAGUCUGUUGAUGAGUCAAUGAUCAGAUUCAAGGGGCGUUCAACUCUCAAGCAGUAUAUGCCUCUAAAACCAGUAAAAAGAGGUUAUAAAGUGUGGGUAAGAGCAGACGAAUCUGGCUUUAUAUGUGAAUUCCAAAUUUACACCGGAAGAUUACGGGAUGGAAGAGCGGAGAAACUCCUAGGAGAAAGAGUCGUACGAGAUCUUACCGAAAAAAUAGUGGGAGAAAAUCAUAAGGUUUACUUCGAUAAUUUCUUUUCUUCGAUGGAUCUGCUGAAGGUUUUACAAAGCCAAAAAAUCCAAGCCUGUUGUACAGUGAGAAAAGAUCGCGUCAAUUUGCCAAAAUUUUUCAAUAAAGACCAAAUCAUGAGAAGAGGAGACAGUGAUGUAAGGUGUACUCUGGCUGGCCUAGUAUGUGUCAAGUGGAUGUAUAAAAAGCCAGUUAUCUUCGCAUCGAACUACCACGAUCCGAAUGAAAAGUCUUCAGUCAAAAGAAAAUUAAAAAAUGGCACAAAAGUAGAUGUACCGUCCACUACAUUAGUAAGUGAUUACAACAAGCAUAUGGGGUAUGUUGACAAGGCCGAUCAACUCAAAAAAUGCUACCAAAUAGACAGAAGAAGUAGAAAGUGGUGGCAUAGGAUUUUCUUUCACUUCUUGGAUGUGUGUAUUGUAAAUUCAUACAUAAUGUUUUCGCAGCAAAGUGAAGGAGCCACUUUAUCUCUGAAACAGUUUCAGGAUCAACUUAUCACAAAGCUUGAUGUCCAGUGA